AUGAGAUUUUAUCCCCUUUUUUUUGUUCUCCUCCACUUUGUGACUAUAAUACCAAAAGGAAAGACUGGUGUUAUCCCAGGGGAAAAACAAUGUCUGAUUUUGAAAGGACUCUGCAAAGACAGGGGGUGCACCCCCAUAGAGGACACCAUCGGUGUCUGCAACGAGCAAAAGAAGUGCUGUAGGAAGUGGUGGAUAAUCGAACCCUACCCAACGCCAGUUCCUAAAGGAAAGUCUCCUUAG